AUGUCCGGAAAGAUUUUCUUGCGCUUGCUGGCUCUCUGCGGUGCCGUCUCCGCUCAGUCGCUAGUGGAGAACCAGGCGAGGGACUUCCUGCAGAAGUUCGACGAGCAGGCCAGCGCGCGCAUGUACCAGUACUCGCUGGCAUCGUGGGCCUACAACACCAACAUCACCAAAGAGAACUCGGACAAAUUGUCAAUAGAGGGUCAAGUGUGGGGCAAGUUCUACAGCGAAUGGUCAGAGGAGGCUCAGAAAUUCCCCAUUAACCAAAUCAAGGACGCUCAAAUCAAAUUACAGCUCAUCUCACUACAAGACAAAGGUGCCGGUGCUCUGUCACCGGAUAAAGCUUCACACCUGAGCAAGAUCCUGAGCGACAUGAGUACCAUCUACAGCACGGCAACCGUGUGCAUGACGGACGACCCGCUUAACUGUCGGACUUUGGAGCCAGGCCUGGAACACGUGAUGGCCACCAGCCACAACUACUCUGAGCUUCUGCACGUGUGGGAGGGAUGGAGGAGAGAGGUGGGGAAGAGGAUGAGGCCUCUGUACGAAGAUUAUGUACUUCUGAAGAACGAAGCCGCCAAACAGAACGGGUUUGAGGACCAUGGCGCUUACUGGAGAUAUAACUACGAGACGAUUGACGAGAAAAGUCCGUACGAUUACACCGGGGAUCAGCUGAUGGAAGACGUACGCUCCAUCUAUCAACAGAUCUUGCCAUUAUACAAGGAGCUUCAUGCUUAUGUGCGGGCGAAGCUCAUGAAAGUCCACAAAGGCCACAUUGAUGAAGAAGGACCUCUGCCAGCCCAUCUUCUGGGCGACAUGUGGGGACGAUUCUGGACUAACUUGUAUCCUCUGUCAGCGCCCUACGAGGGUGAGAUUGAUGUCAGCAAAACAAUGGUGGCACAGGGCUGGACUGAGCGUCGACUAUUUAAAGAAGCGGAGAAGUUCUUUAUGUCGGUGGGCCUUGACAAGAUGUUUGACAACUUCUGGACCAACUCCAUGCUGGUGAAGCCUGAGGAUGGACGCAAAGUGGUCUGUCAUCCCACAGCCUGGGACAUGGGCAAUCGAGAGGACUUCAGGAUCAAAAUGUGCACUCGAGUCAACAUGGACAACUUCCUGACGGUGCACCACGAGAUGGGCCACAACCAGUACCAGAUGGCUUACCGAAACCGGCCCUACCUCUUGAGAGACGGCGCCAACGAGGGUUUCCACGAGGCCGUCGGGGAGAUCAUGUCCCUCUCUGCCGCCACGCCCAAGCACCUGCAGGCGCUUGGCCUCCUGCCUUCUAACUUCACCUAUGAUAACGAGACAGAGAUGAACUUCCUGCUCAAGCAGGCGCUCACCAUUGUGGCCACUCUGCCUUUCACCUACAUGCUGGAGGAGUGGAGGUGGCAGGUCUUUGCGGGAAACAUCCCCGAGGAUAAAUGGAUGGAGCGCUGGUGGGAGAUGAAGAGGGAGCUGGUCGGCGUGGUGGAGCCGGUGCCGAGAGAUGAGACAUACUGUGACCCCGCUGCUCUGUUCCAUGUAUCUGGAGACUAUUCCUUCAUCAGGUACUUCACAAGAACCAUCUACCAGUUCCAGUUCCAAAAAGCCCUUUGUCUUGCUGCCAAUCAGUCUGACGCGUUGUCUUCGUGUGACAUUACCGGUUCGACAGCAGCAGGCACCAAGCUCCGGAACAUGCUAGAGUUGGGCCGCUCCCAGUCGUGGACCAGAGCUUUACAUACAAUAUCUGGAGAUAUUAAGAUGGAUGCCAGGCCACUGUUGGACUAUUUCCAAAAACUUAAUGUGUGGCUUAAGGAGGACAAUAAGAAACAUAACCGCACUGUUGGCUGGGAUGCAGCAGUAGAGCCAUAUUCCAAUUAUGCCAUCAAAGUGAGGCUGAGUUUAAGAAUGGCCAUGGGUGAUGAAGCUUAUUCUUGGAACUCCAAUGAGCAGUACCUGUUCAGGGCUAGUGUGGCUUACGCUUUGAGGCAAUACUACAGCCAAAAGAACAUCACUCUUCUCUUCACAGCGGACAACGUCAUAACAUAUAAACAAACGCCCAGGAUUUCCUUCUACAUUGUGGUUACCAAUCCUAAGAAUCCCUCCGUAUACGUCCCAAAAGAAGAUGUGAAGGCAGCCAUACGACUAUCCCGAGGCCGACUCAACGACGCUUUCCAACUGGACGACAAGACGCUGGAGUUUGAGGGUAUCCCAGCAACCUUCUCACCUCCCGUGGAGCAACCGGUGGAAGUGUGGCUGGUGGUGUUUGGAGUGAUCAUGGGAGUGGUGGUGCUAAUGGGGCUCUUUCUCAUCAUCUCUGGCAUCAGAGAGCGCAGGAAGAAGUCGAAAAACAUGGGGGUGGAAAAUCCUUACGAGCCUGACGGACACACCAACAGAGCCUAUGAGGACCGUAGUGAUGAGCAAACCGGUUUCUGAGGAAUGGUGCAGUCUUCGUCGACUUCUCUGAGCAUAUAGAAGGAAAACGUUGACCUUAGUUGGACAUGCGGCCUCUUCGAAACAUCAUCAUAAGACUUCCAAGGUGGAAACGUAUUUUUGGGCCUUCACAGACACUUAUAGAUAGUAUCGUGGACAAUUA